AUGUUCUCCAAGCUUGCCAUCUUCGCCCUCCUUGCCGGCCUCGUUGCUGCUGCCGACUGCGAGCCGACCACCACGUCUCCUCCUCCCACCACGAGCACUACUCCUCCUCCUCCUCCUUCUGGCGUCGCCCUCCACCCCAACACUGCCAGCACCAAGUGCCUCGAUGUCCAGGGUGCUGUCUUCGCGAACGGUACCCCCGUCCAGGUUUACGACUGCAACGGAACCGGUGCCCAGAAGUGGGUCAUCAACCGUGGCAACGGCCAGGUCAAGGUCGCCGGCACCAACUUCUGCCUCGACGCCGGCAGCAGCCCCGCCGACGGCACCAAGAUGAAGAUCUGGCAGUGCUACGACGGCCUCGCUGCUCAGCAGUGGUACUGGACUGGCGACAACCGCAUCGCCCUCACCAACCAGGGCUUCUGCCUCGACAACACUGGCGGCUCGACCUCCAACGGCAACCCCGUCCAGAUCUGGUCGUGCGGUACUGGCAACAACAACCAGGUCUGGACCGCCGUCACCCCCAAGCGCCGCGCCGUUCGCUACUCGUCGUCCGAGGAGUAA